AUGCCAGCAGUACCGCGAUCCUACCUCCCCUCCUUCGCCGCCUUCCUAGUAUUCGGCAUAACCUACACAACCAUCGUCGCAGCAAAAGAAGGCGCAGCCGUCGACGGCGCACGCACCCGCUGGCAAGACCAACAUGCACGAGCCAGGAACGCAUUGAGCGGAGGCAUGACUCUAGCGGAUAUGGAAAGGAAGUAA